CUCGGGUGUUUUCUCCAGUGAGAUUCAGGCACAUGCGAAUUGACCGAAAAUUAUGAAAAGACAGAGAGGAAAUCAAUUAUUUUAUCAUUUUUAUUGGUUAAAUAUUUGGGAAAUCGUGGCUUCCCUUAGCAUCCCAUGAAUACACCCCACUGCAGCAGGCGCGCAUAUAUAACGUCACACCAGUGCACAGUUAACCAUAUACACUACUUUGUGUUGUAUGAUUUAUAUACAUUAAAAUGUUUCCCCUCGCAUUUAACAGAGAGAAAACGAUCGUACGGUUUUUUAAAUGGAAUGUAUACACAGAACUCUGACACAUUAGGAAUGAGCUAUGUUGUAUGUUGUACAGCCUAUAACACGCAAUGUGGUGAAUAAUGUACAGGAUAAUAAUCAAUAUGAAUAUAUAGUCUCCAUCGCUGUGCUUGACUUGCAGUUGGUGCUAAGGUGUAAUUACGUCAUUCUAGGUGGAAACAAAGCCGACUGGGUGCCUUUUUAGCGCCACACGCGCGCGCGUGAGAACGCCGAUAGCUCGGUUCCAACAGCUACAGCAAAUCCGGUCCCGGAGUGAAGACCUAGUCCACCUAUUGGAAUACAAUACAAAAUAUGAUAAAUGAAGGAUUAUCCGAACGGGAGUGACUGGGGAUCGAAUCGGAUCUUUUGGCUGGUUAUUUACUACGGUGUCCGACUGGAAUGUAUAUUAUGGUGUAUGGUUCAAUUGAAGAAUGAAUGUUGUGCGUCAACUUCGCAUUGCUGCCGCCUUGUUUUGGUGACUUUGAGGAAUCUAUACCUUUUGGAUGCUCACUCGGAUGAGAGCAAAUGGAAUCGUGCGUUAGGGUCAUCCUCCUAUCUCUCUCAUAAGGGGGACAGGUCUCCCUUGUAUUUGAGACAUUCCAUCUCAAUGGCAUCCCCUGUACAGUAUACUUAAAGAAUAGGAGAUUAACGAGGAUAUCAACGUCUAGCUCCAUCCCACACCACAUGCCAUGGAUCCCCUACCAGAGUACUCCCUGUUCCUAGUCCGGAUCCUGGAGGAACUAGACACUAAACACAGUAGUGUGUCCUACCAGGACCUCUGUAAGUCCCUGUGUGCCCGCUUUGACUUGGUCCACUUGGCCAAGCUACGGAGCCUUCUGUUCUACACAGCCUGCCUGGACCCAGCCUUCCCUGCCACUCUCUUCAAAGACAAGAUGAGAUGUACUGUUGAGGACCAGCAGUCUAAGAAACUCAUGGUGGCAGCGGAUAUCGUCACUAUGUUUAACCUAAUCCAAAUGAACGGGGGGAUCGCCAAAGAUAAGCUCCCUAUGGCACCACCGAGGCCCAAGUUCCACAAGAACCAGUCGUUUGAGUCAUGUAGGUCCGACACUGAUGUUUAUAAGUACCAGGACUAUGAGAGGGGCGGAGGUUAUGACCUCAUGGAUCAACCCUCCAGGGUGGGUCACCACCCCCACCAUCGCCCCAUGUCCCAAAACAACUCCUCCCACCCCCGCCCACACCCCCAUUCCCACUCCGCCAGCUCGAAAUCCAACUGCAGCCCACAGUUUAUCCCGACUUCGGACCCUAACUUCCUAUUGGGCGUAAACAAGGAUCUAAAAUGUCGAGCAGCGUCGCUAGACAAGCUGCAGCACCUGCCCCAGUACUCAAGCUGCAGUCCUCCAUCGCCGCCCUGCGAGAUGCAGAGCACCUACUUUCCCAUAGACAUUGACAGUGAGUCCACCACAGACCAGGAGUCCCUGCAACACAUCAACCACACGGAGCCCUUCUCUGUCCACUCCUGUGUCCAGAAGAGAAACAUCUUCAAGGAGGAUUUUCACAACCUGCUAGCGUUCUCCCCACAGGUCAUCACCUCAGAGUGCAAACCAAACAUCAGGGCAACUGGAGGCUACCACCGGAGAGAGCUCCACAAACCUGCCACAUUCUUCAACCACAGCUUCGAGCUGCCCUACAGUAACCCCUACUUUGAGCAUACUAUGAACUCGCCCAUUCAGGAGAAACGGCGAGCGAAGCACGAGAGUCUGGACGACCUUCAAGCGUCUACGUAUUUCGGGCCAACGACAGUGACAGAGUGCGUGAACACACGGAGGAGUACGGCUAGGCCGGGGAAGCAGCCAAUUUGGCCCGUGAAAAGCCUGAGUCUGAAUGCUGAAGAAGGGCCACCGGAUUUUGAGAGGUCAUUUCUGAAUGGGAAACCGCUGAAAGACAACCAUCGCCACAAUGUAGUCAAUAAAGAGAAUGAGCAGCACUUCCAGUGUGCCAAAGAGAAAGUGGUGGCCUCCCCUUCAGGGUUCGCAAAGAAAACCAACGGGUUGAAAACAAAGGAUAUGUCUUCAAUGGCGUGCGGUCCCGGGGUGGGUGUCGACAAAAGAGAGGUUGGGAAAAGAUUUAAAGAGAAAGGCAUCAACAGUACGUCUUUUCAAGGAGGUAACAUAGACAGCUCGUCCAGCAUAGGGACACAAACGGAGCAGGCCGAACAGAGGAAGCUAAAAGACUAUGCCGCCGCUCACGCAAAAUACGUCGAGAGAGAGAGGCACUCGUGCAAACACUCGGAAGAGGACUCUGAGAUCAUCAGCGAUGACAUCAGUGACAUCUUCCGCUUCCUUGACGACAUGAGCGUGUGCGACUCGCUGGGCGUCAUCCAAUCGUCGUGCUACAACAGCAUCGGAUCUCUCUCUCAGGUGACCAUGAAGUCUGACGGCGACAGCUCACCCGAAUGCAACACGGUCAAACUGGCCAAGUCCAAGCUGGACUGCCUCUUUCACUCCCUAGAGAACACGGACGACGAGCUCAAAUCGAGCGUGUUCAAGCUUGUUAUGAGGAUAGGUGAGAUCGAGAAGAAGCUGGAGUCUCUGUCCGGAGUCCGAGGGGAGAUCUCGCAGGUGCUCUCCAAGCUCACCAAACUCGACGAGAAGAUCCAGGAACCCGAAAUCAACGGGAGACCGGGCGAAAACGCUUUAGCCACCACUUCCACCCCAGAUCACCUUCACCCCGACCCCAACCUCUCGCCCCAUGUUUUUCAGUGCCACACGACAGGCCACAACAUCAAGGUGGAUAACGGAUCAGUGGAGUGGGGCUGCUCAGACAGUGAGAGUCUGAGGGUCAAGGCAAUUAAGAAAAGUAUGUUCACGCGGAGGUCGUCACGCUCACUCAAUGAGGAGAACAGCGCCACGGAGUCAAAGGUGGCGAGCAUCACCAACUCACCACGGGACUGGAGAACGGUGUCGUAUUCUUCGCACCAUGGGGAUGAGGGCAAAGACAAGGAAAGAGACAGAGACCGAGAAAGGGACACCAAGGACAGACACAGGAAAGCCAAAGAGUCAGAGCGGGAGCGCCAGUAUGAGAUGGCCCCCCAGGUCCACCGCUCCUCAAAGCCCCCCAAGGACUCCUACCUGGUGGAGCAGGUGUUCUCACCGCACCCCUUCCCCCCCUCCGUCAAGUCCCACAUGAAGGGCAGCCCCUUGUACACAGACCUCAGGCUCACAGGCCUGUCGGUUGACGGCAAACGGGGUCAGCCCUCCUGGACCAUUGAGGAGUACAAGCGCAAUGCGGGUGGCGAGAAAGGAAAACAGCUGACCGCCCUGGACCUGCAGACGCAGGAGUCAUUGAACCCCAAUAACCUGGAGUACUGGAUGGAGGAUAUCUACACGCCAGGUUACGAUUCGCUGCUGAAGAGGAAGGAAGCGGAGUUUCGGAGGGCCAAGGUGUGCAAGAUUGGAGCGCUGAUUGCCGCGGCCGCCUGCACUGUGAUCCUGGUCAUCGUUGUGCCCAUAUGCACUAUGAAGUCAUGAAGUGCUCCAAGUCGUGCUCUACGAAGUGCUCCAAGUCGCACACUUUCCCUCGGCCCCUGUUUAUUCUGGCUAAUUGUAAAAGGACUGAAUACGUGUGAGCUAUAUGGUAUCAGUCCAAUUACAGGAGCAGCCCUCUGAUUGGCUAUGUGGACGUUUGAAGAGUGAGGUACAUGUAUUGUUUAAUGUGAAUCUGACCUAUGUUUGUGGUAUUGGAAUCAAGUCUAUGUUCUUUUCUACAUGAUUUAGUUGUUAUGCCACGGGAUGGGCAUUGGUAUUAGGAAAUCGUCAGUACACAUUCAAAAUGACUUUGUUCAGACGGGAAUGUUGCAAGUUUGAUCUUUUCUAUUGUUGCCUAUAUUUACUGAUUGACAUUUGUGUAUUUAUGAUGAAAGACAGACGGUACACAAUGUCACAAUUUACAUGUAUAUUGUAUUGGUGAACGAUGUUCCAGAAUAUUACGAGUCCAAUGUUUAUUUCACUUUUUCUCUUCGUUAAAGGGGCAAUCUGCAAUUCAAACAAAAGCAACAAAGCGGCUACCCAGCCAAUGUUUUUGUGAACUGAAACAGAUGAUCUGUACAGUAUAUGGUCGACAGCUGGAUUUGUUUCUGUACACAGCUUCUGAUAUUUUUAUUUUAGUAUAAUUGCUGUAUAAUGUAUUUUAAUGAGAGUUAUUUUUGGAUGAAUUAUCUGGUAGAAUGUGAUGAGGUGCACCAGAUAUUAUUUAUCUUAAUCUAUUAUUAUAAUAACCAGAGUUUUAAUUCAUGGGAUUUUGUGCAAUGCCUUUUCUAAAUAGACAUAUACAGUAUAUUGAAGUACUGUAGUUGAAAUAGAGGAAUAACAGACAGUACAUACAGUAGAUUGUAAAAACAAUAUAAAACACUACAGAACCUGAAUGUAUUGAAUGUAGCAUUACUCACAGAGAGAAGCAAAACACACAUAUCAUUUCUCAUCGUCUCUUGAGCUGAAUUAAGUUGAAUGUUGCUCUCCUUUCCUUGCUUUAGAUAGUUUAACUACUAGCCAAAAUCACAUAGCUGCAGUAGGGAGCUCUGAAGUAGGGAGUUAUUCUCUGCCUUGUGACAGUGUUUAAUACCGUAAAUACUGUAUUAAUACAGACGUUUCUACUGUUGACUAACUGAGCACCUCUGGGAGAGACACUUGUAUUAGUUCAGUCACUGGGAGAGACACUUGUAUUAGUUCAGUCACUGGGAGAGACACUUGUAUUAGUUCAGUCACUGGGAGAGACACUUGUAUUAGUUCAGUCACUGGGAGAGACACUUGUAUUAGUUCAGUCACUGGGAGAGACACUUGUAUUAGUUCAGUCACUGGGAGAGACACUUGUAUUAGUUCAGUCACUGGGAGAGACACUUGUAUUAGUUCAGUCACUGGGAGAGACACUUGUAUUAGUUCAGUCACUGGGAGAGACACUUGUAUUAGUUCAGUCACUGGGAGAGACACUUGUAUUAGUUCAGUCACUGGGAGAGACACUUGUAUUAGUUCAGUCAGCGGUAUCGACUGCACCAAUCUCUCAGGCUGUCAGAAACACUAACACUUGCAGAAGCUUCUUAUGAGGUGCUGUGUCUCCUUAUAAACAUUCAUAGCACCUUCUAUAGAGCAUUAUGACAUGUUGUAUUAAUUAAGCAAUACAACACCAUAGGUUAUGAUGUAUCGUGGAUGGAUGACAUCUUAGUAGCCCCGUGCCUCGUUGCUUUACUUUACAGUUUGGUAACGGUCCAUGACUGCAUUCCAAUGUGGUUUGAAUGUGCUAUGAAUGUUUAUAAGGCAUUGUAACACUUCGUAAGAAUCUGAUUCAAGUAAAGAAACAGUCCCUCCACUCAAGCCCUGCCUACCCAUCUAGUCUCCUAAGAGGCCUUAAAACCACUGAAUGCAAACUGCCUGCCGUUAAGGCUGUGUCCCAAUAGUUUUGAAGAACGUCCUUGUCUCAUCAUCAACUGUAGCGGUGGUGAUGAAAGGUUGGGGAAGCUAUUUCAUAGUUCUGGGACACAACGUGAGAUUCACAUCUCCACUCAUGAACCUGAGCUCAGAGACAGUACGCAAACCAAGAUGGCCGAUCACACACACGUCACCCAGUUAACAGUAAACCAGGGGAUGCUCUACUCCAGUCCUCCUUGGUUUCCCUCUCAAGUUAGUUCAUUUAGGCUGUGUUCCAGGCUGACUACAUUGCAGACUCCUGGCAGAUAUCAAAACGCCUGGAUAGAUGUUUAAGAUAUCAGCAAACCACAUCCUAUGAUGGAGCAAUCUGAUGCCUGACUGCAGUCGAUGACGUGGCAAGCAACCGUUGGUUGAUGCAAUGCAACGUCUGCAAUGUAGUUGGCUUGGAACACAACCUUUUAUGCUAGUGAUUUAUUUGCCACUUCAGGUGUUCCUGGCACAAAUGGGAGAGAACAUUGUCAUACUGCAAAAAUGAACAUGAGGAAGUACGCACUUCAGGUUGUAAACAUUAGAAUUUCUCUUGUUUAAUAUAAUCAUUCAAAAGUAGACACAAUAACCUGAUAAUGAAGCACUGGACCACUCAGUUUGAUGUGAGGUUUGCCCGUUAGGAGAGGACUGGAGUUGAGCCCCACACCUAAUGGGUGAAGGGUGAAGUUACUGCCGGUUGACUUUCAUUGUCAUGAGUCUUGUUCUGGAGGCAGAAUUGAGCGAAUCCUCCUUAGAUGGGUCAGAUGCGAAGUCAAAAUUGUCUAUAUUGUAAAAAUGUUAUUUAAUGUUAGGGUUAGGCAUUAGGGUUAGCAGUGUGGUUAACGUUAGGGUUAGGUUUAAAAUCAGAUUUUAUUACUUUGUGGCUGCGCCCUCUAGUGACCACUCUGCCGAGCUGCCUCCAGAACAAGAUUCAGGAUGAAAAACGCUGACCUAACGAAGAUGCCUCUAGAUGCUGAUCUUGGGUCACUUUAGCAUUUUCCUCACCGAUGGAUUGGGGAGAGGAAGCUGAUCCUACAUCUGUACCUAGGGGAAACUUCUCCCCUGAGCAGUGUAAUGAUUACCCAGUGGAUUUGCCUUCAACACAGGAACUGUGAGCCGCAGCACACUGUAGUAGUCUGUAAAUAGUUAGAUGCACACAUCAUGGCAACAGGUGUAAACUGGAAUAUACCACAAUAAAAGACAACUGUUCUGACUG